GUGAUUGCCUUGGUGGGUUUGCCUGCCCGGGGCAAGUCCUUUGUCGCGCGCAAGCUGCUGCACUAUUUGAAUUGGAGUGGCGUUCAGUGCAAAAUCUUCAACGUGGGUCGGUACCGCCGCGAGGCUUACAAGCACGUGGCGGCCGCCUCGGCCGACGCCCGGGCCCAAACCGGGGCCUGCGACGCCGACUUCUUCGACGCCCAAAACGAGCGAGCGGCGGAGUUGCGCGAAAAAGUUGCCGACCUCGCUUUGCGGGACAUGUUGCGCUGUUUCAGCAAUCACGAGCGCAUUGCCAUUUUCGACGCCACCAACUCGACGGACAAGCGGAGAAAAUGGUUGUUGCAGGAGUGCACCUCUCCGGAUAAACGGCCGGGAAAACCUACCGGUGUCGUCUUUGUGGAAUCCAUUUGCGACGAUCAGGAACUGCUCGAAGAAAAUUACCGGUAUAAGAUCAGCAACAGUCCAGACUUUGACGGCAUGACGCAGCAAGAGGCCCUGAGCGAUUUGCGCAAGCGGGUAACCAAGUACGAAGAACAGUACGAAACAAUAACGGACGAUAGCCUCUCCUACAUGAAAGUCUUUAAUCUGUCAACCAAACUCAUGGUCAACCACAUUUACGGACGCAUGGCCAAGGAGCUCGUACCGGCUCUCAUGUCGUGGCACAUUGGUACACGUCCGGUAUUUUUGUGUCGACCAGGGCAGACCAUUUCGGGAAUUCUCACGGACGGGGAGGACUACGUCGCGCGCAACAAGGCCAAUCACGAAAACGAAGGCCCCCGGGACCCCUUCCCGAUGAAGAUUAUUACGUCCACCAUGCCCCGGGCAGCCGACACGGUAAACUGGACGGAUUACGAAUUCGCGAUUCAACAAAUGUCCAACCUGAAUCCUUUGGACAAGGGAGACUUUGCCGGUAUGGAACUGGACGAGAUUCGUAAAAAGAAUCCGUCCUGGUACGAACGGUUGGAACGGAAUCCUUACCAAACACGGUACGUAUUCCCCGGUGGUGAGAGUUACGCCGACUUGGUGAAGCGUUUGACGAGUGUCGUGAUUGACGUGGAGCAGCAGGUGACCCCAACGUUAGUGGUGAGUCACGUGAGUAUCCUGCAGUGUCUCAUGUCGUACUUUCGCAAUACGCCGGUAGAAUUGUGCACCGGCAUUGAAGUCCCGAUGCACACGGUGGUCAAAUUUACGCCG